GUUGGGCCUUCUGGGCUUCCUGGUCCUCAGCUCCGCCUCGCCUCGAUCUGGCCGGACAGCGAAAACACUUCUCAGUUAAAGAACAAAAGCAACAACGGAUGGACCGACGAGGACGAAGUAACGGCGACUCGAAUUUAGUCCUGUAUCUCACGGAUUGAGAGAUUUGUACCCUUUACGGCAGGAUUCAGCCGACGAGUGAACUCAUACGAAAGGCGACAAACUUGGUCGCCUCGCAUCUUUGUAUCCCGACCGUAAUCCGUCGAGGUGCUUGAUAAAUAAGACAAGGGUCAAACCGACAGACACACGGUAUUGUUUCCCUGGUCUUUCCCUAAACUUCGGCCAUAAAAAGCUGAGCGACAGAGGGGUAACUCUUGGUUUCUUUUGUUUGCUCCACGCUCUAACGGACCUCGGGGAUAGCGGGUUAUUUUGGCAUUUUCGGUUUCUCUUGUGGUAUUUGCCUUUGUGAAGAGGCUACACUCAUCUUUUGGGACUGAGAACUUGGGAGUGGAACAAAGCCUGACUGGGAAAGGGUGCAAGAGCCUAUUUUGAUACCCCAGAUGGCAGCAUACAGUGAACAUAACGGCAGAAAUGGACAACUUCUGAGCAUGAAGGGGCCUUUUGAAGGAAAAGUAACAAAGACAGAAUGUGAAGGAAAACUUGGAGUUAAACGCUCCUCCGUGGAUUUGCGCCACUCUGCCAACUCAGCUGAAAGCAACGCGAGUGGUGUGGCUAGUUUCACCACUAACCACAACUCUGUUGUGUGCCUGCCUCUAGUGUCAGAGGGACUGAAAUUGGUAUGGACACAGUCCGAUCAAACCCGUGAACUUGACACAAUCCCCGAGCUUGUCCAAGCCUUUAACUUAUUUCCAUACCCAUCAUCCCGUGAGGUUAACACCCUGGCCCGGGUAUGUGCCUUGCCACUGGACAAAGUUAAGGUGUGGUUUAUGGUUCAGAGAAUUAAAUAUGGUAUCAGCUGGUCCUCAGAGGAGAUAGAGGAGACACGACAAAAGCUGGCAGUACCUGAGCUUUGUGAUGACUCUACUGAAACAAAUGAAGAAACCAAAACGAAGAGCGGAAGUUGCGAGGAAUUGAUAAUUGAGGAUAAGGAUAGCGAUGAAGUUGAGCGUACUCUCUCCAUCCCCCCAAACAAGAAACCAAAGUGUGAGUCACCAGAUUCCUACAAACCAGCCAAACCCUCUGUCCCGUGCUUCAGCUCCACCCUCCCACCUCCUCAGGAUUCAUACUUCUACCGCCCACCAGCGGACACACCACCAAGUACAGGAGCUGAUGUCUCCCUUGACCUUUCAGAGUCAUCGUCACGACAGAACCGUCAUGGGCGCUACAAAAAGUCUAAAGCUCAACUCGCUGCCCUUCGGAAGAGCUUCCUGAGAGAGAACUGGCCUGCGGAGGCAGAGCUCAGACGUUUGCAGGAAGAAACAGGGCUGAGCCGCAAUGACAUUCGUAAAUGGUUCAGUGACAGCCGCUACCAGCUUAGGGUGGGCAGAGGAAGCCUUGCUGCAGCCCAGAACUACUCUCAGCACGCUGGAGGUAAACAUGAUCAACAAAUUCAACCUCUCCCACUUACCACACAGAAGACAAGUCAACUAAACGGGGUGAAGGGUCAGGAGGGAGCCCGUAGCAAUGGGAUUAGAAAUUCACAUUUCUUUCAGACCUUUUUGUCAAAUAGCCUUGAAGCAUUUGGGGAAAGGGUCCACGAAGCAGAAGGGUAUGAGGUUAUGGAGGAGCUUUCUGGUGAUGGGGACAGUUUUAAAGAUGAGGAUUUAAGUGAAGAACAACCCUUACAACUGACCAAGACCUGCAAGAUUGAGCCAGAUGUUCCACAGGAACCAUUGGGUAUAACAAGGUCCUCUCCCCACUCUUCCCCCUCUGGCAGCCCACCACUGACUGCCUCGCCCAAUAAACCGCUUUCAAACAGCAUCAGCACAUCAAAGAAGUCAGCCCACUCAGCCAAAGCCAGUCCCUCACAAACACCCUUGCACAUCGCAGGAGCUCCCUCAUCCACAUCCCCUGCCCUCACUCCAGCUGGGCGACCAAGAAAGACCAAGGAGCAGUUAGAUAUGUUGAAGCAGCACUUCUUACGCUGCCAGUGGCCCAAGAGUGAAGAUUACACUGAACUUGUUAAGCUUACAGGUUUACCCCGGGCAGAUGUUAUUCAGUGGUUUGGGGACACACGGUAUGCUGUGAAAAACGGCCAGCUGCGCUGGGUGAAGGGGGUCCGCGACCAGUUUUUGGCAGAACUUGCAGCCCAGCAAAGUAGCAGUGGUUUAACUAACGGAGGUGGGACAUCAUCUCGGCCUGGGGGUAGCCGGAAACGAAAAUCUCAAGCAAAUGCAACAACUGCAGAUUACCCGGAUGUCCAGCCAUUGGUAACAUAUUACCUUUCAACAGGCUCACUACAUGAAAAAGACCUUGACUCUCUAUGCAAGAAAUCAAGAAUGAGCUACCAGCAAGUGCGAGAUUGGUUCGCAGCUCAGGAUGUUGGGGGGACUGACCAAGAACCCAUUGUUGCUGAUUAAGACACUGGAACCAGACUUAAGAACAUUUCAGAAAGUUGGUGGAGUGCUCUUCAAAUCCUUUGCACCAACAAGCAUAGUUAUUACUUUGGUUUAAAUUGCUUUAAUUCAGCAGGUUUGUAACACCCGGUCUUCCCAGUACAAGCUCAAAGUGAGGCUUGUGUUUUUAUAUAUGCUGCAUUUCCUGCUUAUCCUAAUAUAUUUUGGACUUGAAUUAUAAUUGUGCUGCCCGUGUUGCUGUAAAUAGGACAGUAACUUCUACACUGGUUUGCUCUAUUUUUUUUAAGCUUAAUAUUUUUGUUUAGAUAUCACUACUACAGAACUUUCAGUAUGCUAUUGUAGCAGUAUAAUUUAAACUGGUUGUACUUCUGGUACCUGACUAAAGCAGAUAAGAAACUGCUCCAGAAAAACGUCAGUGUUGAUGAAUUUGUUGACUGAUCACUGUGUGUAAUCAUUCCUUUACAGCCAAUAAUUCCUUGUCAUGAAAAGCACACUGGACAUGUACACUUUGAAUUGACAUCUUGCACUUUGGUUUUACAGCCUGCUGCCAUAUUCUUUAAAUCCAAUUCUUUCACACAAUAUUAGUUCCUAACUAAACUGUGUCAUUCUUGAACCCUUAACACUGAAACCUAAUAUCAUGCCUUUUGAAUACAGCAUGGUACAUCUAAUUCUACUAAUGUCUACAGCAUAUUUCUGAGACACAUUCCCUGAUUUUCCUUUAGAUGCUCUGCUGUAAAAGUUAAUUUACUUAUUUGAAUACUUUGUCAUUUGCAUUUCACUGCACCUUUUUAACAGUAAAGGAUAAUAGUACAAACAAAGCAGCAAUCACAUCAGCAUCACACAGAUGUCAGAAUUGCCAGCUUCAGUUCUGAUUUGCACUCAUUAAGUCAGUCAUUAUUUUUAUAUAUCUUUUGUCUUAAUAGAUGUAGGGUGUGACUUGAUGGUUUAUAAUCUAGACAAACUAGACAAGAUAAUGGAUGGGACUCCACGUACUGUACAAGUAGCAAAGGGUUUUAAAUCCAAAGAAAAAUUACCUUUCUGUUCACUCAGAUUAUGAAUUAUAGCACAAACAUACAUUCAAGUUAUCAUUUCAGUAAAAACUCCACACUCUAAAGUACUUGUAGACCUUGCAGGGGGUGAAGUGGGCUUUAAAUGGAGCUUAGUUAAUUAGAAAUGUCUGGAUAAAGGGUAGAUAACCAGAGUGGCUAUAAAGCAGUGUCCAUCACUGUACAUCAUGUGUUUUGUCAGUCUCUUAGUAAUGAAAAGUUAAUGCGAGUGUCAUGCUGUCAUGUCCGUAAUGCUUAGCGUCUUCCUUUACAGAUGUUUUCAAUGUAUUUUUUCCUGCUUGAAACGUUUCUCAUUUGCACAAAUGUGUCACUGGAAACCAGUAAAGGAUUUGCCUUUCUAAUCGUG